AUGGCAAAAUCUAAUUCUAGCAAAGUUUGUGCUUUAAUUUGCCAUUUGAAUGUGAGAUUGGGAUUGGCGAUUUGUGGAAUUCUUCUAGGCGCUUUUUGGUCCGUUAUUUAUAUCGCUGUUUUUAAGGUUUGUGAAUUGUCCCUUUAUUUUUCAGACCUAAAUUUUUUAACGUUUUCUAGACUUUGUUCAAGUAACUUUUGAAUAAAAUUGAAAAAAAAGUUACAAAAAAUCAAAAUUUAGGAAAAAUUGGUUCAAAAUAGUUUUAGACAAAACCAAAUAAGAUUUUUUUUUUUAAUUUUGAAAAUAUGAAAAAAUUCCGGAUUUUCAAAACCAGAAAAUCCGGGGAUAUUUGAAGUUGUGUAAUUUCAAAGUUCAUGCUGUUUUGGGCUCAAAAUGCUCGGAAAAUUUUAAAAAUCCUGGUUUUUGAGCUCUAGAAAUUUCAGGGCUUAAAAUAAUCGAAAUUGGGCUCAAAAUUCUCGGGAAAUGUAGAUUUUCGGGCUCUAGACUAAAAUAGUCUAAAAAUAAUCAAAUUUGGGCUAAAAAUGCUCGGUUCUGAGCUCUAUAACUUUCUGAACCUAUGAAUAUUGAUUCUAGGCUUAAAAUAAUCCAAAAAUCAUAUGAUUUUCUUAUAUUUUUGAGAUGUUUUCAAAAAAUUCUGAAAAUUUUUAUUUUUUCUCGAAUUCUGAGAAAAUUUUUGCAAAAAAUUGCGUGAUUUUGAAAAUAAAAAUCACUUUCCGGAAGAUUUCCGGCCCAAAUAUUUUUUUUUCAGAACUGGAUAGCUCUCUCCGCCAGUCUUCUCUCAGUUCUCUUCGCCUUUCUAACUCUCUACAUUUAUAUUCUUCAAAAAUGCAAUAUUUUUGAGUCAAAACUCUCGCCCAAAACCCGCUACAUUUUGAUGGUUUUCAACGCGAUUUUCAUGAUUUUCUCGGUUGUCGCAUUUUUUAUGAGCAUCAUUUUUGCCAUUGUUUUGAAGCAAGGAGUUUCAGUGAAAGGUCAGUUUUUGAUCUUAUCAGUUCUUAUCAGUACAUGAUUUCUUCUCCGAAAAAAUCAAAUUUUCCGAAAAAAAAAUGAGUGAAACUCACCUUAAAAGAGGAAAAAACUAUAAUAUGAGUAAUCGAACAACAAAAAAAUAAAAUUUGAAAACUCCACACCUUUUUUGAUAACAAUAUUUGCUUUUUCAGAUCAAUUUGCUUUUUCAGAUCACAGCCAAAAUCUUUGGUCAACUUGCACCUGGUUUUUGAUACUUUUCAAAUGGACUUUGCAGAAUACGCUGAUUUUAAGAUUUUCUCUCAAAUCUGCAUAA